AUGCUUGUCGUUAAUCCAACCUGUGAAUUACUUAAUCAUUCUUUUCCAUCACAUCGAUUUCAAUUAAGUUCAAAUUGUCCAUUAACAAUGUCAUUAUUAAAAUUUGCUGAAAGAAUUGGUGGAACAAUUGAUCAAGAGUUUCUUUCAAACUGUAUUAUUGAUAAAAAAUCAGCUUCAUUUAUUAAACAACUAAAACCUGUACCAGCAUUUAGUGAUUAUUUUCAAAGACAAACUUUACCAUUAGAUACGCAGCAUGUCUAUAUUGAUCCAGAACUAGGAUAUUCAACAAGGUCUCAUCAUAUUGGACAUCCUUCAGAAUUUUUAACAUUUGGCUCACAAACUUUCGAACAACUAGGUGCAGCAAAGUAUAGUUCAAAUUAUUUACCAACAAGAAAACAAAAUAAGCGUUAUAAUAAACGAUCAUCGAUUCGACUACCACCACCACCAGAGAAACCAGAUUUGAUUAUCGAAUUACCCUCAGUCAAAAUUCCCAUUAAUAUGGAAGCUUAUUUUCAAGACGAAAAAUUCAAGUUUUCGUUGUAA